UCAACACACAUCACUAUCAAAUAAAAUCAGCUGGCGCCAUUUGUAGCACGCUUUUUUCGGUAAACAACACAAAUUUUCACACUUUAUUUAGCAAUAAAAUGGUACGAAAACUUAAAUAUCACGAGCAAAAGUUGCUCAAAAAGGUUGACUUCAUCACUUGGAAGGUGGAUAAUGGUGGCAAGGAAACAAGCAUUAUACGACGCUAUCACCUACGCAAGCCUAGUGAUUAUACAAAAUAUAACAAGCUAUCGCGUGAAGUGCGCACCUUAUGUGAAAAAAUUGCUAAUCUCGAAAACACAGAUCCUUUCAAGCAAGAAGCCGCGGUUAUGCUGUUGGAGAAGCUCUAUACUAUGGGCUUAAUAAGAAGCAAAAAUGAUUUGGAAGCUGCUGGCAAUGUGUCAGCAAGUAGCUUUUGUAGACGGCGUCUGCCAGUGGUGAUGGUGAAGUACAAACUCUCCCAAAAUCUGAAAAACGCCACAGAUUUGAUUGAACAAGGCCAUGUACGUGUGGGCCCCGAUAUGAUUACCGAUCCCGCAUUUUUGGUUACACGCAAUUUGGAAGAUUUCGUUACCUGGGUGGACAGUUCGAAGAUCAAACAGCAUGUCAUGGAAUACAAUGAUCAACGCGAUGAUUUUGCUUUAGCCUAAGUUAAGAACUAAAAAAAGGCGAAUUUUCUUGUUAAGUAUAAUAAGUCUUAAAAAUAAACAUUUAUAAAUUUAUAUGCACUAAA